AUGGCUGUUCCCUCCUGCAGCGGCUCCAGGUUCCGGACCAACCCGCUGCCCCCCCUCUUCCAGCCGGACCCUCCGGAGCCCAGCCCGAGCAGCGGCUGCUCGGCGCCUCCUUCCCCGCGCAGAGAGCGUGUUCUCCGGUUCGAGUCUCCUCUGGUGGCCGGUCAGUUCCAGCCCCGCUCCGCCGGCUCCUCCUUCCUGAUCCGGGACAUCUUGUCGGACCGUCGGUCUCUUUCUGACCCGGGACUUUCUGACCCGGGACUGGAGGCCGAGCCGUGCCGGUCCGGACCGGAUGUAGAUACAAGUUUGAGGAGCUCUUCAGACACGGAGUCCAGAGUGCAGAAGAAGCCUCGUAAAGCUCGGACAGCUUUCAGCGACCAGCAGCUGUCCAGGCUGGAGAGAAGCUUCCAGAAGCAGAAGUACCUGAGCGUCCAGGAGAGGAUGGAGCUCGCUGCGUCUCUGCAGCUCAGCGACACGCAGGUGAAGACCUGGUACCAGAACAGAAGGACCAAGUGGAAGCGUCGGUCGGCUGCUGGUCUGGAGCUGCUGGCUGAAGCCGGCAGGAUGUUCCUGCCCACACACUUCCUGUUCCCACCUGCCCCGCCCACACUGGACCUCUACCUGUACGGAGGCCACACAGCCGCCGCCCUGCUGGUCAACAACAAAUCACACACACACUGACGGCAUCGCACUGCGACAACUGGGAGGACUGGGAGGACUGGGAGGAAUGGAGAGACUGGGAAAACUGGAAGGACAGGUCUUACUGGUAGGACUUGGAUGGCUGAGAAACUGAUAGGGCUGGGAAGACUUAGAUGACUAGAAGAGGUGGAAGGACUAGGAGGAGGUGGAGGAGUCAGAGGACUAGGAGGAGCAGAAGGACGAGGAGGAGGUGGAGGAGUCGGAGGACUAGGAGGAGAUGGAGAUGGAGGAGUCAGAUGACUAGAAGGAGGUGGAAGGAGGAGGUGGAGGAGUCAGAGGACUAGGAGGAGAUGGAGGUGGAGGAGUCAGAGGACUAGAAGGAGGUUGAAGGACGAGGAGAAAUUGGAGGAGUCAGAGGACUAGGAGAAGGUGGAGGAGGUGGAAGGACAAGGAGGACGUGGAGGAGUCGGAGGACUAGGAGGAGGCGGAAGGACUAGGAGGAGUCGGCGGACUAGGAGAUGGAAGGAAUAGAAGGAGGUGGAGGAGUCGGAGGACUAGGAGGAGGUGGAGGAGUCAGGACUAGGAGGAGGUGGAGGGACUAGGAGGAGCUGGAGGAGUCGGAGGACUAGGAGGAGGUGGAGUCAGAGGACUAGGAGGAGAUGGAAGGAAUAGGAGUCGUCGGAGGACUAGGAGAAGAUGGAAGGAAUAGGAGGAGGUGGAGGAGUCGGAGGACUAGGAGGCGGAAGGACUAGGAGGAGUCGGUGGACUAGGAGUCAGAGGACUAGGAGGAGAUGGAAGGAAUAGGAGGAGGUGGAGGAGUCAGGACUAGGAGGAGGUGGAGGGACUAGGAGGAGGUGGAGGAGUCAGAGGACUAGGAGGAGAUGGAAGAUAUAGGAGUCGUCGGAGGACUAGGAGGAGGUGAAGGAGUCAGAGGACUAGGAGGAGAUGGAAGGAAUAGGAGGAGGUGGAGGAGUCAGGACUAGGAGGAGGUGGAGGGACUAGGAGGAGGUGGAGGAGUCAGAGGACUAGGAGGAGAUGGAAGAUAUAGGAGUCGUCGGAGGACUAGGAGGAGGUGGAGGAGUCAGGACUAGGAGGAGGUGGAGGGACUAGGAGGAGGUGGAGGAGUCAGAGGACUAGGAGGAGAUGGAAGAUAUAGGAGUCGUCGGAGGACUAGGAGGAGGUGAAGGAGUCAGGACUAGGAGGAGAUGGAAGGAAUAGGAGGAGGUGGAGGAGUCGGAGGACUGGGAGGUGGAAGGACUAGGAGGUGUAGGACUAGAAGACGACACAGAUUGUGUUGUCGUCGUCUUUAUCACAAACAUCUUUCUAGGUCACUUCCAUAAACACUUUCUUCUGCUUUGUGAUGAUUUUCCCAUGUUGCUCCUUCUGCCCGAUGCUCUCAGUAGUUUGUCUUUCACACUGUGUAUGAAGGUGCUUUAUAAAUAACGUAAAUAUACGACAGGACAUUGAACAACACGUUUUUAAUGUUUUGAUUAAAACUUUCCUCUGAAAACAUUUGAAAUUAAAUCUUUUUUUUACAUUUUCAAUAAAAAUCUGUUACAAUGUUUUGCUCUGUUCUUGUUCUGUUUGACUCUUGAUGUUAAAUCGUGUCUGAAGAUUUGAUGACUGGACAAGUUGUCGUUU